AUGGCGACCUUCACCAAGAUCGCAGAGGAUGCUCGCCCCAGCAUCACGCUGAACCCCUCCCAUGUCGUCUCCAAAAUCGAUGACAACGUCUAUGGUGGCUUCACAGAGCACAUGGGAAGAUGCAUCUACGGUGGAAUCUACGACCCUGGCAACCCUCUCUCUGAUGAGAACGGUUUCCGAAAGGACGUUAUUGAGGCUUUCAAGGAACUCAAUUGCCCCGUUGUAAGGUACCCAGGUGGUAACUUUGUUGCUACCUACCACUGGAUUGACGGCGUCGGGCCCAAAGAAAACCGUCCCAAGAGGUAUGGAAAAACUCCCAAUCUGAACUUCCGGUUGCCAGCAUGGGAAUCGAGACCCCUCGACGCCGAAUCCUUCUGGGAUCUGGACCCCUGCGUAAGCGGCCCGCGUUUGGAGUGCAGCGAGUGGCUAAUGCCUGAGCUGGCUUGGAUCGGCGUCGAGAGCAAUGAGUUCGGAACAGACGAGUUCAUGAAGUGGUGUGAGGUUGUUGGCGCUGAGCCUUACUUGGCCCUCAACUUUGGCACUGGCACGCUUGAUGAGGCUCUGGCUUGGGUUGAGUACUGUAACUCGGACAAGGACACCUACUAUGCCAACCUCCGCCGCAAGAAUGGACGCGAGAAGCCUUACAACGUCAAAUACUGGGCCCUGGGCAAUGAGUGUUGGGGUCCCUGGCAGGUUAUGCAAAUGACCAAGGAAGACUACGCCAAGCAGGCUUACCAAUGGGCCAAGGCGCUCAAGCUUCUCGAUCCCUCUUUGGAACUGAUUCUCUGCGGUGAGACUGGGUUUAGUAGCUGGGACACAUAUGUGAUCAAGGAGUGCAUCACGUGGAGUUUGCAUGGCCUUGGUGGCAGCACCACUGCGUCGUUGAUCGACAUGCACAGCAUCCACCUUUACACUGCAUCGGAAGACCAUCUCAAAAAUGCCACAGCACCCAGAGCCGCCGAGCGCGCCAUUGAGAUCACUGGUAGCCUUAUCGACCUGGCCCGCAUUGAGAACAAGGUGCCGCCCACAUGCAAGAGACAAAAGAUUUGCUUUGACGAGUGGAACGUUUGGGAUCCCGUCAGAGCACCUGGUGAAGAGGGUGCCGAGGAGGCAUACACUCUUUCCGACGCUCUUGCCGUCGGCGUAUGGCUCAACGUAUUUGUCCGUCAGGCAAAGUACGUUGGCAUGGCCAACAUUGCUCAAUCUGUCAACGUCAUCUCCCCCUUGAUGACUACGAAGGAAGGCAUCACCAAGCAGACUACUUGGUGGCCUCUGUUGUUGUUCAGCAAGUACAUGAGAGGAUCUACCAUUGCCACCCACGUUCGCGCUCCCGAGUACGAGGGUGCAACCGAGCCCGUCUGGAUCCGCGGCGCCAUCGAGACUCCUUACCUCGACGUCAGUGCCACCAUCGACGACGACGGCUUUGUCAACUUGGCUGUCGUCAACGUCCAUGAGACCAAGGGAUUCUCCGUCGAUCUCGAGGGUGUCAAGGAGGGUGCUGAGGUUCAGGUUUACACCGUCACUGGCGAGAAUGUCAAGGUCGUUAACACUGGCGACAAGAACCCUGUCGGUAUUACUGAGAGCAAGUGGGAUGGCAAGGGCCCGUACGAAUUCGCCAAGGCCUCAGUCACCCUGCUGAGAUGGAAGCACUAA